GAGGCCUCGCAGAACAUCGAAUGGCUGGCUCACAAUUCACUCCCCAAAAAUGUUAGUGCAAAAAUUCUAGAACACCGCCAAACCACUCGCUCCAGCUGCAAAAAGAAGCAGCUCCAUAAAUUCAUCUCAAUGUCUCACAAUUUCCCCAUCACCCCCAUCAACGCAGCCAAUCACUUACCUCUCCCCCGGAGAAUCCCCCAGUGUCUUCUUGGCGCCACGACCCUUGGCAAACACAUCAACUCUCACGCUCAUUUUAACCUAACUUCCACCUCACCUCUCACUUCUCUCUCUCUCUCUCUCUCUAUCUUCAUCCUGGUUUCAUCAUCACCCAUCAAAAAUGUUCACCCUCAAAACCCUCCUCCUCCUCACCCUCUCCGCCGCCACCGCCACAGCCCAAGGCACCUCCUCCAUCGGCCAAGUAACCUGCGGAAACAACAACUGGUCCCGGUCCCAAAUCGAGGAAGCCCUCGAGCAAGGCUGCCGUCUCCACGAGGACGGGGAGCAAUUGGGAAACAACAAGUAUCCUCACCGGUUCAACAACCGGGAGGGUCUCGUUUUUGCUGCCAGCGGGCCGUAUCAGGAGUUUCCUAUAGUGAGGAAUGGGGUUUAUGAAGGGGGCUCCCCCGGAGCGGAUAGGAUUGUUUUCAAUCCUAACCUGAAUGGUGCUUGUGUCUAUGUCGGCACGAUGACGCAUACGGGGGCGAGUGGGAAUGGGUUUAAUAUGUGUGCUACGAGGUCGGAGGGAAGGCCGGGGGCUGGGGAUGAUACCACUGCUUCGGUGACGGUUCCUGGUACUGCUACGAGGACUCAGACCAGCACGUCUACUACGUCGACUUCUACGUCGACUGCCAGCCCGGAUUCGGCCGGAGCGGUGCAGAGGUUGGGGGUGCAGGGGGUGGCGGUCGGGUUGAUGGCUUGGGCUUUUGUUUUGUAAGGGGGGUGGCUGAAUGAGGGAGGGAGGUGUCGGGUGGGCUGGCAGCAUGUUUGGAGUAAGGUUAUUUGCCUCAGGCUUUGGCGCGGUGGUGAGAUCUUUUCAUAUUGAUCUCACAAGGGCUCCAGGUUGAGAUUCUCGAGGUCUCGCUUCCUGAUUAGUUCCCCUGCAUCGUGCAGCCCCAGCUGAAGGUCAGCAGCUUAACCGGGAGGAACGUUCAUCACCAAGUUUGCAAGGUGUUACUGGUCGAUUAGUAGGAAGCGAGAGUCAAAGGAUUUCAACCCGGAGUCGUUGUGGGAUAUGGGUGAUCUUACUGCCAAAAGCAAAGAAGCCAGAUGAGGCAGGAGGCAAGCUUCGGCUAGGGGCGAGAUGGGAUGGAGUUGCACAGCGCGAUUGCAUAAAUUAGGUGUUUGGGUAGGGGCUAUAUUGUCAUGUCUUUCAGGCCAUUUCAACUCAGAAUUUUGGGAUGGUUAUAUUUGAAAGACUACGCCGGGGUCAGGAUCAGUCUGGGAGACGGGGUGACUUUCACUGUAGGUGCUUGAGCAGCUUGUAACAAUAAUGGCAAAGUCAAACAGGUAGGAAAAUCGACCUCUGCAUCGUGAAAGC